AGGAUGACCUAGCACCAAAGAGCCCCGGUCGGCCUCUCGAGGGCCCCUGUGGACGAGCUGACCCUAAGCCCUGAGCCCGGGUUGCUCCCUAACUCGCAUUAGAGCCACUCUCCCGGACGCCUGGCGCCUGCGGGCGCAGCAGGCCCUGCACCGGCCUCGCAGCCCGAACUGACGUUUAGUACAAUCGUUUCUGUUCAAAGAAAGAUUUUUCCCUUUUGGUAGUUUUCGUUGCUUUUUCUUUCUUUCUUUCUUUCUUUUUUCUUUUUAAAGUUUUGGAAAAGGGAAGUUGGGACACAAGGAAGAACUGUUCGCCCCCAGGAGAGUACGGGCUCGCCAGAGGGACGCCAAGGCUCUGCGUGCAGGAUGGAUGUGGUGGACCCGCAGCAGCUGGGCGUGUUCUCGGAGGGCGAGCUGAUUUCGGUGGGCAUGGACACGUUCAUCCACCGCAUAGACUCCACGGAGGUCAUCUACCAGCCUCGCCGCAAGCGGGCCAAGCUCAUCGGCAAGUACUUGAUGGGGGACCUUUUGGGGGAAGGCUCCUACGGCAAGGUGAAAGAGGUGCUGGACUCAGAGACGCUGUGCCGAAGGGCGGUCAAGAUCCUCAAGAAGAAGAAGUUGCGUAGGAUCCCGAACGGGGAGGCGAAUGUGAAGAAGGAAAUUCAACUACUGAGGAGGCUACGGCACAAAAACGUUAUCCAACUGGUGGAUGUGUUAUACAAUGAGGAGAAGCAGAAAAUGUAUAUGGUGAUGGAGUACUGCGUGUGCGGCAUGCAGGAGAUGCUGGACAGUGUGCCCGAGAAGCGCUUCCCUGUGUGCCAGGCCCAUGGGUACUUCUGCCAGCUCAUUGAUGGCCUGGAGUACCUGCAUAGCCAGGGUAUUGUGCACAAGGACAUUAAGCCAGGCAACCUGCUGCUUACCACCAGUGGCACUCUCAAGAUAUCUGACCUGGGUGUGGCUGAGGCUCUGCACCCAUUCGCUGUGGAUGACACCUGCCGGACCAGCCAGGGCUCCCCGGCAUUUCAGCCACCCGAGAUUGCCAACGGUCUAGACACCUUCUCAGGCUUCAAGGUGGACAUCUGGUCGGCAGGGGUCACACUCUACAACAUCACCACGGGCCUGUAUCCAUUUGAAGGCGACAACAUCUACAAAUUGUUUGAGAACAUCGGGAAGGGGAGCUAUGCCAUCCCAGGCGACUGUGGUCCCCCCCUCUCUGACCUGCUGAAAGGGAUGCUUGAGUAUGAGCCCACGAAGAGGUUCUCCAUACGGCAGAUCCGGCAGCACAGCUGGUUUCGGAAGAAGCACCCACCAGCUGAGGCGCCAGUGCCCAUCCCACCCAGCCCAGACACCAAGGACCGGUGGCGUAGCAUGACGGUGGUGCCAUACCUGGAAGACCUGCAUGGUAGUGCUGAGGACGAGGAUGAGGACCUCUUUGACAUUGACGAUGACAUCAUCUAUACUCAGGAUUUUACAGUGCCCGGACAGGUCCCGGAAGAAGAGACCAGUCAGAAUGGACAGAACCGGGGCCUGCCCAAGGCUGUGUGCAUGAACGGCACAGAGUCAGCACAGCUGAACACCAAACCCAAGGUGGAGUGCCGGGCUGGGGCCCCCAACCCUGUCCGCAGGGCCUACUCUGCCAGCAGCAAGAUCCGCCGGCUGUCAACUUGCAAACAGCAAUGAGGGUGGCUGCCUGCAGCCUGUCUCCAGGAGCCCCCACAGGUGCCAGGGCCUGGCCCACCUCAGUCUUCCUGCUGACUUCGGCCUGCUGCCCACCCAGGUCACCAAGCCUCUGUGUUGACAGGCCCUCAGGAGUCAGGAACAUCCUGGAGGGCCAGGUGGGGACAGCAGGGACUGGGCCAGCCCUCCCCUCAGCCACCUGCACACAGCACUGGUCGACAGCAGGCUCAACGGUGGACUUUGCAAUCCUGUGCACCCUUCCCAGGCAGGGAGGAGAGGCCUGGCCUUCGCAAAGCACUUUACGUUUAGACUACUGGCUCUCUGCUGCCCCUUCUGGUCUGUCUCACUGCUAUACUAGGGCUCCACACCUAGUGAUCAUAGCCACAGAGAAGCCAAUAUGGAGACCUACUACCACCAUGCAUGCAGAACCGCCCAGACGGAGCCAAGUGGCUACCUUGUUUUUGUUGUUUGGUUCCUUUCUCUUUUUUUUUUUUUUUAAGAAAAAAUAAAACAGAUGGAUUUGAGCUGUGGUUGUGAGGGGUGUUUGGGAAUUGUUGGGCUGCAGGAGGGGCAGUCAGGUCGGGGACCCUGGUCUCCCAUGCAUGGGCUGGCCUGGGGCCUUCUAUGGAGGAUGUGCAGGUCUUGCUGGUGGUGGGUAGUGGACUCAGGCCGGAGCCAUAAGGCAGCUACAUCUCAUGCCUCCAUGCUAGGGCAGGUGGAGCAGGUGUGCACAUCCCCUGAGGCCUUCAGUGGUCUCCAAACAGCCAGGGCCUAAUGGUGGGACUCCAGGCCGCCCUUUUUCCCCCAAGGCCACUGGGAUCUUGGAUCCCCAGAUGAAACCUGAAGUAAACAGGGGUAUACAGUAAAUAUUUAUAAUCAAUCAGAAAACAAAAACACAACAGGAAAUUCCAUUAUUAGAUGGUACACACUGGGCACAAAACGUCUAGGGUGGGACAGCGAGGCAGGCGAGGGUGAGCCCCUUUUUUGGCAAUAAAUAAAGCUUGGGAAACUUGACGCCUUGGCCGUGUGAGUUUUGUUCAUGUUUCAAACACCAAGGAGUUCUGGUGCCUCCUUUAACUGAGGUGGAGGGGCGUCAAGCACAUGCGGGACUGCAGGGGUGCGACUCGGACGGCGGCAGGAGAUGCGUCCAGGCCUAGUCAGCGGCGGGCGCGGUUAUUGCUCAGAAGGGGCGCGGGCUGCCGCAGGCACACGCCGUAGUGAGGUAAACGGCUUCGGGAACUGGCAGCCUCGAGCCAACCUCCCGACCCGGGCGGCCCAGCGCUUCUGCCUUGGGGACACGAGCAAGUGCCUCGGGAUAGCCUGCGCUGUGUGUGAGAAGUGAGUGCCUCCGACUAAGGGACGCCAUGAGGGCAGUAGGGCGCUGUCCUCAGGAGCCUCCGGGCGAGGACUUGUUUCUCUCUCCUUCCCAGCCAGGGCUCUGGAGCGCCAGCGCCUCAGGAUGCCUUGGGAAACCGGCGAGGCGCUCACAGGGGGCUGUGCGCGUGCACUCUGGAGAUGCACUAGAGCGUACGUAACCGAGUGCGCGCGCGCCAGGUCGCUGCGCUUCCACGU